GUUUUCCUUUGGCUUGCUCAUUCAUGCUCUAUGAUUUGAACUUGAACCCCACUGAAGUGGCAUCGACUUCUCUAGCCAUACACCCACUAUAGGCAAAGAUACCAAACUCGGAUCUUCAUAAUAUUUCUUUGAUUGCUAGUACAGUGAAAGAAAAUCUUUAAACGUCAGUGAAGUUGCAGCAAAUGGAGUCAAGGGCUUGCUACUAAUUACUUCUUCUUGGAGACAUUAACGUUUAGUAUUACUGCAAUGCCCUUCCCUCGAGAAUCAGCCGAUUAUGACAAGGCUUCAAUGCCGCAAAACAUGCUGUUAAGUGACAGUCUUGAGGAUUUGGCAAAUCUCAGAAAGCAGCUGUACUCUGCAGCCGAAUAUUUCGAGUUAUCUUACAUUAAUGAUGACCAAAAACAGAUAGUGGCAAAUACAUUGAAGGAUUAUGCCGUCAAAGCUCUUGUAAGCACUGUGGAUCAUUUGGGCUUAGUGACAUACAAGGCCAACGAUAUGUUGGAUGAAAAAGUCGUUGAAGUUUCUGGAACAGAACUUCGAAUAUCUUGUAUUGAACAGAGACUGAGGACGUGUCAAGAGUAUAUUGAUCGUGAGGGCCUUUCUCAGCAAUCAUUAGUCAUAAAUACUCCAAAGUACUGUAAGAGGUACAUCUUGCCAGUUGGGGAAACCGGGUGUGGCCUCGAUGAUGAAGAUGUCAGGCGUCAGUUUCGAAAUGCUGUUGAAGCAACAACUAUGGAUAUUCCAGAGUCGACAGUCGGAAAAGAGCAAUCCCCGCCGUCACCUUCUCCACAACUUCCUCAGCAGCAAUCUAGAUCGUCUUUCUCCAUCUCGGUAACCAUGCCUAAAAAAGAGCUAGGACCCGAGAAGCGAACGGUCUCCCCACAUCAUUUUCGCCAUUUACGAACUGCAUCUCUUCCUAGUAGGCCAACAACACCUAAGAGUUCUAGGCCAACCACUCCAAAUCGAAGUCGACCCCCUACUCCAACCCCUAGAUCACAGAUGCUGUAUACUUCAGAACCGUGGAAACCACCGCCAUUGCAUCUCCACGUGGAAAGAGAGAACACUCGAGACUCUGAUCAUCGCCCCAGCAAAAGCAAAAGUAAACGUCUCCUUAAAGCUUUGCUCAGCCGACGCAAGUCAAAGAACGACGACAUGCUUUACACUUACCUCGAUGAAUAUUGACGAUACAAGAUCAAACGAAGAAACGAGUAGGAUCCUUUUUGUUAGGAAAGAAAGAGACCUUGGAUCCCUCCCCUUCUCCCUCCUUUUUGUACCAAAUUAUUAUCAUAUUUUUACACUGUAAAUUGUUUUCUUUAACCUUUUCCUCUUUUGGUAUAAAUGCAUUUCUGGGCUUAAUGUUUAGUGGGGGUACUUGAAAAAUUAUUUUCUUUUGGAUGAAACUGUGAUAGAGGCAAGCAGCUGGUAAUGUACAAUUUUGAGACAAUCAUGCCACUGCUUGUCUGCUUCUAAUUGUACUUGUACUCUGGUUACUUUAAGAAAAUUACAAAUAUAAAUAUUUAUUAUGAAA